GGACGGAGAAGCAGCCGCCUCACAUAUCACCUCGACAAAAACCCGUCCACGCGUGACGAAUCGUGUUAAAUCCACGCUAAGAGUUCGGAUUGCAUUUCCUCUCUUUCCUCGUUUUGUCGCAGGCAGCAGCUGCGCGUCGCUUCGCUUCUCCUGGCGGUGAAAACAGAACCGGCUCUGGCUUUUAUGUGCAUGGAGAGAAAAUCCUGUUAAAAAAGGGGGGGGAAAAAAAAACAAUCACAGCAACAUUUCACGCGAGGUUUCACACCUUCUUCCUUAACAGUCACGGAUCCCGUGGAAAUGGAUGAAGACAAUCAUGUCCCAGAGGAUCUGUCCCUGGAGGAGAGGGAUGAGCUGUCAAACAUCCGACGGAGGAAGAGGGAGCUGCUCGAUGAUAUUGAGAGGUUGAAAUUUGAGAUCUCAGAGGUCAUGACAGAGAUCGAACAGCUGACGUGUGUCGGGGAAAGCAAAACAUCCCAGAGGAACAAACAGAUUGCAAUGGGAAGGAAGAAGUUUAACAUGGAUCCUAAAAAGGGAAUCCAGUUCCUGCUGGAGAACGACCUCCUUCAGAACACCCCAGAAGACAUCGCCCAGUUCCUCUACAAGGGCGAGGGCCUCAACAAGACCGUCAUUGGGGACUACUUGGGCGAGCGGGAUGACUUUAAUAUCAAGGUUCUUCAGGCCUUUGUGGAGCUGCAUGAGUUUGCAGACCUGAACCUCGUCCAAGCGCUGCGGCAGUUCCUAUGGAGUUUCCGACUGCCAGGUGAAGCCCAGAAGAUUGACCGGAUGAUGGAGGCGUUUGCUUCGCGCUACUGCCAGUGCAACCCUGGAGUCUUCCAGUCGACAGAUACCUGCUAUGUGUUGUCAUUUGCCAUCAUUAUGCUGAACACCAGUCUACACAACCCAAACGUCAGAGACAAGCCCCCCGUGGAGCGCUUCAUCUCCAUGAACAGGGGCAUCAAUGAAGGAGGGGAUCUGCCAGAGGAGCUUCUCAGGAAUCUUUACGACAGCAUCAAAAAUGAGCCCUUUAAAAUCCCAGAAGACGACGGGAAUGACUUGACACACACAUUCUUCAACCCGGACAGAGAGGGCUGGCUCUUAAAGCUGGGCGGCAGAGUCAAAACGUGGAAGAGAAGAUGGUUUAUCCUGACUGACAACUGCCUCUAUUACUUUGAGUACACGACAGAUAAAGAGCCUCGUGGGAUCAUUCCCCUAGAGAACCUCAGCAUCAGAGAGGUGGAUGAGCCAAGAAAACCUAACUGCUUUGAGCUCUACAACCCCAGCCACAAAGGGCAGGUCAUCAAGGCCUGCAAGACGGAGGCAGACGGGCGCGUUGUGGAGGGAAACCACGUAGUGUACAGGAUAUCGGCCCCCACCCAGGAGGAGAAGGAGGAAUGGAUCAAGUCCAUCAAGGCGAGCAUCAGCAGGGAUCCUUUCUACGACAUGCUGGCCACCAGGAAGAGAAGGAUAGCCAAUAAGAAAUGAUGACUGCCUGCCCUUGUGUCCAUUUCUGUUUUUAUCACUGAAGUCAUGAAGGUCUCCCAUCCGUUGAUGUCAGGGAUGAGGGACAAGCAGGUACAAAGGGAUCAUUUCUGGACCAACGAUGCCAGAAUCUCAAGGCUGUUCUGAUGUGAAACUGAAGAAGAGGGAAGAAGGAAAGACUUCUAAUGAAGCACAGUCAAGGAAGAGACAACUGUGACUGUCAAAAGGGAGCCUUUACUGUAAUGCUUGGGAGAGACUGCCCCCUGCUGGGCAUUUGAGGAAUGGGAACUAGUCACCAUAUACAGUGCCUUGCAAAAUUUCCCCAUUUAUCUUUUCCACAUUUUUGU